CCGCAGCGGCCACGGCGGAGGCGGUUGCUGCGCCCGGUAGUGGGGUGGCUGUCUGAGGCGCAGGCGCCGUGGACUUGGCCCGCCCUGGGCCUUGCGUCGCUGUGGGCUCGUCAUGGCGACCCAGCAGAGGCCUUUCCACCUGGUGGUGUUCGGCGCCUCUGGCUUUACCGGCCAGUUCGUGACCGAGGAGGUGGCCCGGGAGCAGGUGUCCCCGGAGCGGAGCUCCCGCCUGCCGUGGGCUGUGGCGGGCCGUUCCCGGGAGAAGCUGCAGCGAGUCCUGGAGAGGGCUGCCAUGAAGCUGGGAAGACCAACAUUGCCAUCUGAAGUUGGAAUAAUAAUUUGUGAUAUCACUAAUCCAGCCUCACUUGAUGAAAUGGCUAAACAGGCAGCAGUUGUCCUCAAUUGUGUAGGACCAUAUCGAUUUUAUGGAGAACCUGUGGUAAAAGCAUGUGUUGAAAAUGGAACUAGCUGUGUUGACAUCUCUGGAGAACCUCAGUUUCUGGAACUAAUGUAUUGGAAGUAUCAUGAGAAAGCUGCAGAAAAAGGGGUUUAUAUCAUUGGAAGCAGUGGCUUUGACUCCAUUCCAGCAGAUCUGGGAGUGAUAUACACCAGAAAUAAAAUGCAUGGUACAUUGACUGCUGUGGAAAGUUUCCUGACUAUACAUUCAGGACCUGAGGGGUUGUGCAUUCAUGAUGGUACCUGGAAGUCAGCAGUUUAUGGUUUUGGAGAUCACAGUAAUUUGAAAAAACUGCGAAAUGAGUCAAAUCUGAAGCCUGUCCCAAUUGUUGGUCCAAAAUUGAAGAGAAGGUGGCCAGUUUCUUACUGCAGAGAACUCAACAGUUAUUCCAUUCCUUUCUUGGGAGCAGAUGUGUCUGUUGUGAAGCGGACUCAGCGUUACUUGCAUGAAAAUUUAGAGCAGUCACCUGUUCAAUAUGCUGCUUAUGUAACUGUAGGAGGCAUCACCUCUAUUAUUAAGCUGAUGUUUGCUGGACUUUUCUUCUUAUUCUUUGUGAGGUUUGGCAUUGGAAGGCAACUUCUUAUAAAAUUCCCAUGGCUCUUCUCCUUUGGCUAUUUCUCAAAACAAGGUCCAACACAAAAACAGAUUGAUGCCUCAUCAUUUACGUUGACAUUUUUCGGUCAAGGAUACAGCCAAGGCUUUGUUCCUGAUAAGAAUAAACCAAAUAUAAGAAUUUGUACUCAGGUGAAAGGACCAGAAGCUGGUUAUGUGGCUACCCCCAUAGCCAUGGUCCAGGCAGCCAUGACGCUUCUAAAUGAUGCCUCUGAUCUUCCUAAGGCGGGCGGGGUCUUCACUCCUGGAGCAGCUUUCUCCAGAACAAAGUUGAUUGACAGACUCAACCAACGUGGCAUUGAAUUUAGUGUCAUUAGCAGCUCUGAAGUCUAAACAUUUGAAUAAUUAACUGGUCAUAAAAUGCAUGAAUUAACAGCUUUUUAUUUGAUAUUUGAAAUUCUUCUAUAAGCCUGUCUGACUAUAUGUGGAAAAGAUUGUCAAAUCGAAAAUAUGUAUACAUUAAAAGCAGGACAUCGUACUAGCUUACCCUAAAUUUCAAAUUUUAGCUGAUUUUUGUGAUUUUAUUGCUUGUGAGAAAAAACUAAUACCUGACUGACUUUUCCAUUGGAGAAUUCAUGGUCAGUUUUUAUAAGUGAGCUGAAAGAACAGAGGGUGGAAUGGGUGGCUCUAUCUGUGUUGCUGACACGCCCAGGCUGGUGGUCAUGUAAGACAGUAACUGCUGUUUUCCUUGCCAUGACAUUGAAUGGGAUCUUACUUUCCCAUGAGUAUCUCUGCAUAGUGUAGGCCUUUGCCAAAUGAAACUGCAGUUUUUGCUGUUUUAUCUUACUUAUUCACCCAUCUACACUGACUGAUUUUGGACUCUUACCUAAGUUUAACAAUAAAGGAUUGUCAAUUGAACAGUG